AUGGCGGAUAAGGUGGAGAUACCGACUGUGGCGCUCACGCAGAUCAUCGAGCGCCUGACAGAGCGCCGCAUUUCCGUGGAGAAGGCGGUCACCACGCUCGGCGAGGCGCCCUCUGGCCUGCGCGAUGUAUUCGAGCUCUGCCGCGGCUUUGAGCGCGCCUUCACCAACAUCGUCAACGAGUCCCCCGCGGCGAACAAGAUCAAGGAGGCGUUCUUCAGCGAGAAGGGGCUGGCCGGCAACGUGCAGAAGCUGCCGCUUGAGAAGGUGUUUGAGAUCGAGAGCGUCAAGAAGAUCACUCGGACCGCGGACGGCUACCAGCCCCACCUGGUGUCGCCCGAGCGCGGCCUGCGCCUGAUGGCCGUCAAGGCCAUGGACCAGCGCCGCGCGCGAGGCGGCCGCGGCGGCGGGCGAGCACACAGAGGCGGCGACGAGCGGCAAGGUGCCCCUCAACGUGCCCGAGUUCAAGAACGUGAUCAUGCCGGCGGUGGUGCGCGCGCUGGACGAGUGGAGGGCUGA